ACGGUCCCUAUACCUUGUGCCCUGCGCAGGCCGUACGCUUGUCUGGACUCCUGCCCUGACCUGACGGGCUGUCUCCUCCUCUCUUUACCUGCGCUCUACGCACUGUCAUUCCUUUGGUUUCCGGUCCCUUGACCGCCCACUUACUGCCAUGAAAUAUCCGACCCUGGCACUCACUUUGGCCCUCACCGUUGCCACUUCAUGCUCCAUCAAAAUCCCCAUAACUCAGGUCAAGCGGCCCAGCUCUUUGCACAAACGCAGCGGCAAUGGGGGGGUAUCAGUAACGCGCCCAUCUGCUGCCAUUUCCAACAACCGGGUCUUGGCGGCGUCGGGGGACGAUGAUGAUGACCUUGACCUGACUACUGUUCAUGACUUGAUUUACAUUGCCAACGUGACUGUCGGAAACACUGAAUAUCCCGUCCAGUUAGACACAGGCUCCUCAGACCUCUGGAUCAAGGGCGACUCGUCUCCUCUACCCUUCGCGAAUCAAACAUCCACAACGUAUAACCUCACAUACGGCAUCGGGUGGGCAUAUGGACAUGUUUCGUAUGCUCCGGCAGAGUUCGCAGGUAUCAAGGUCCCCAGCCAAGCUUUCCUCGAUGUAUCCGCUGCUAGCAACCCCGCUCUUUCCUACGGUGCCGACGGUAUCCUUGGCCUUGGCUUCACCAAACUGUCGACCAUCGAUGCACUAGUCAAUAAAUCCGGCUCAUCCACUGGGAGGAGCUUCCUGUUCAACCUGUUCCAAGACAACCCCAGUGAACCGAACUUCAUCGCCUUCCUGCUGCAGAGGAGCACAGACCCGCACGAUGACGUACAAGGCACUUUCUCCCUCGGCGAAACCGAAGAGAAGUACUCGUCUGUCUUGAACACCACUGCCAUCCCUACUUGGCCGGAGAACUCGCCCUCGCGUUGGAAUGUCCUCCUCGACUCUAUCAUCGUCGGGCAACACUCGGUCUCCUUGACCACAGCUGUUGCCAAUGCCCCCAGCAACAAAGCCGUCGCUCUGCUGGACAGCGGUACAUCAUACACCUAUGCGCCCACGGAUAUUGUUCAAGCAAUCUACGGCGGAGUCGAUGGAGCCAAGUACGACUCCGGCCUUGGCCAAUGGGUGGUACCCUGCGAGGCCGAGAUUGACAUGGCUAUUCAGAUUGGCGGUGAAGUGUUCCCCAUCCAUCCGCUCGAUGUCACUCCGGCCUCCUUGACUGAUCCGUCCACUUGCGUGGGAUCCUUUGUACCUCAGAGCGUGUCUGUGGGCGCAGGGGAAUUCGAUUGGCUUGUCGGCGACAACGUUUUACGGUCCAUCUAUUCUGUGUACGACUUUGGUGACUUCGACUCAUCCGGCAACAUGGGCAACCCGUACGUCAAGCUGCUGUCUAUCGUCGACCCCAACGAAGCGUCAGCCGACUUUGUCGCCGUUCGUGGCGGCACGGCCAAGAACAACAUCACCUACAACGCCUCGAACUCAUCCGACGCUGCACCCGCCACAGUGACUUUGUCCGCCAAGCUUGCGGACACACUGGACAGUGUCGGAAGAUACUUCCCGGCCAUGCUUGCAAUUAUGGCGUUGAAUGCCGUUGUCCUCUUAGCCCUCGGCGUUAUUGGCAUUGUCUUCAUGGUCCGGAGGGGACGCAGCAAACGUUCAGGAGCCAUCAAGCGCAGGUCCAAUCCUGGCCGCUUGAGCCCCAUGCCCAUGAACCCACUCGACACCUCCCCCACCGCCCCUUCUCACGUAUACCAACCAGUAUCAAUGGCACUCACCGAAGACACGUUUGUUCCUCCCUCGGCCCCCUUCAGGAAGGACUAUGACCAAACCAAACUCGGCCCAAGACCGAUGUCAGUCGCUUGAUCUGCUGUUGCUGUCGCUUUCCUUCCCAUUGCUGGUUGUUAUGUUAUGGAUCUGUGUUACCUUCUCUUUGGACGGACUGAAUCACCUGUCGUUCUUGCUUACAGUAAUUUUAUCACUGCCAUUACCGGUC